CAGAUAAAAUGGAGAAAAAGCGGCAAAAAUAGCAAUUAUUGCAGAUUUUUUAUCAAUAAUUUCAGAAGAAGAAAUAAUUCAGUUUUAGUUGGACCUCUGGGGUGUAAAAAUGAGCUACAAAAUUGACCUCGGAAAGGCUGUGAUGCAGAUCGUCGUGAAAAGAUGUUCUGGAACGGACCGGGAGUAUGCUUAUGUUUAUGUACCAGGGAAACUAUCUGUAUACGGGAAAAAGGAUAUAAUGGAUAUUCUCCGGUUUGAGAAGGCGUUGGAAUCACUUGCUAAACAGUUUAAACCCGCCAAGAUGAGUGGAGAUGAUUUUGAGAAGGAGGUGAAGUUAGCGCUGAAAUUGGUUCCUCUGGACAAGAACGACGAGGUGGUUGAACAGCUUAAUUCAGAUCAAAUUCAAGACAAGUAUGCUCAUCUCAAGGAAGACGCCGAUAUAAUUUUCGAGGAAGAAAUACCAGGAAAAGAGCAGAGAGUCGGAGGAAAUAAGGUACUGCGGGAGGAGGUAAUGGAGGAUAUUGAAGAAAAUGAGGAGAACAAUGCUAGCGUGAAAAGUCCUAAUGAUGAAAAGACUGCUCUGGAUGCUUCUAAGAAUAAAGAUGAGAACAGUCAGGGUGGGAGUGGACAGGAUUCUGAUGUCGGUUCAGCGGAAAAACAAAUAUCCGGGAAUCAUACACUGUUUUCUGAAUGGCAAAAAGUUCUUGAUUGGGUUGCUGGCAAGGAGUCUAGAGCUGUGGUGUGUUCUGAAGUUCCUAAAAAUUCAAAACCCGAGGAUUGCGCAACAUUUUUCAGGCAAUAUGAUGCUGAAGAUUGGAAAAGAAACCCUGGAGGCUUCAAGUCAGUUUGUAGUUACACAGUUAUAUUUAAAACUGUUGAAGCUGCUACUGAGUUCCUAAACCUAGCUAAAGUAAUGUAUGGAAACGUUGAGUUAGAUCGUCAAACUCAGCGGGAUUACCACACUCUAAACAAAAUGGGGAAACGGAACGUUUUGCUGGUUUCAGCUCAAAGACAUCUGCGGCGGCUGCAUGAGUUUGUUACAACAAAAACCGGUUUACUAUCAGAUUCUGUUCCUAGCGCACAAAUGGUUCUCGUCUCUAGCUUCUCAAGACAAACAACGCAUUCACAAGUAAGGCAGUUUGUAUCUGAUGAAGAAAAUAAAUUCAAGGAUAUUUCUGGGAUAUUUCGCAUCGAAGACAAUAUGGAAGAAAAUAAAGGAAGUGAAAACCGAAAGUUUCUUCAAAGAUACGUCUUCCUCUUCAGUUCUGUUCAAUCUGCUGAGAUGUUUGUUCAAUCCAAACUUGAUUUUGGUAACACUCGGCUCAGGGCAACAUUGUUCCGAGAUCUAGAAAAGCACCUAAACGUGUUGGAUCAGGUCAAGAACUUCAUCGACGACGGAGAAGACGCCGAAGCCAGUCCAAAACAGAGAGCUGUUGUCCUUGGACACAAUCCGGAAUUAGAUCCAACGGAUGAGUUUGAAGCUAAAUUGCGGAAACACUUGAAAUCGGUUCGUGGGAUGUUUCUCUGUGCUUCAUCUUGUAUUGUGGGAGGACAAAACAAGUACAUCGUGACAUUUAAAAACGUAAUGGCGGCUCGGAGCGCAACAAAAUCGGAGAAUAUUGAAUCUGAAGCGUUUAAAUCUCGUCUUCUUAUCUACUCUCUAGAUGAAUAUUUGAGGAUUAGAGAACGAUUAAUGAUGAUUAAACGAAGAACCAAGCCAAAAUUAUUGGAUUCCUCCUGCAACAAUUAUUACGAGUGCUUCAAAGUUGAGGAUGAAUCAAUUUUGAAAAUAAAGAUUUUGAAAUAUAAAUGUAGUUCAACCCAGACAACGAUAACUGUAAAGCAUCAGAUCCGGUCCGGAGACAGAAUGCAAUUAUUAGGAUUGGCACCGGGAGAGUUCGAUGAUUUGGUAAUCUGCAAGUUCUCUAAGGGGAAAGUGCAUGGUUUGAAGGGAGAGAGGAUACCGAAAACUAAGGAAAUAUUGGCCUAUAUGAAGGAUAAUCACCCUGGUUAUCUCAAGGUUCAUGAGUUCAAGAAAGGUCUAUUUUUUAUCAGAUUUGAAAACAGUGAGAGGGCUGAAGCAUUCCACGAUCUACCAUACUGUUACUAUAUGGAAUAUCCGGUGGAGAGGUUCCGAAUCUGGGAUUAUUUGGGAGAUAAUACUAUGGCAUCUUUAUACCGCCAUGAGAUAACCCCUCAUCUUUAUCCAGAAAGGGACAAGUUUAUAAGCGGAGCUUAUGUUGGCAUAGACGUGAUAGGAUUCAAACAUAUGGAGGAUUCUGAGAAGAAAGCUACCGAGGAUAAGAUGAUGAUGAAGAUGAAAGAUGUUCCAGUUAGAAAAUUGAUGUGGGUUGGAGAGACUGAAAAUCCUGUUCUUAGGAUUAUUAUUCAUGAGGAAGUAGAGGUUGUGGUUAAGCAGAUUAAGGUAUUUGUGAACGAUCCUGACAGAAACAAGCUGCAGUUUCUUUUGUACAAGGAAUCUCAAGAAAACCUGGAGAAAAGAAAAAGAGAAGAAUCGAGGAAGAGACCAUGUUCUGAAUCAGAUCCUGUAUCCAGCAAAAGACGAUAAAAAAUACGAAUGAAAAUCUUUAAUGGAGAAGAUGCCAAAAGUGUGUUUUUCUGUGAGUUUCUUCAUUGAAUCCGCAAAUAAAAAUAAACAGUUUAAAGAAACAAAGACAUUGAUAUCUAAUGCAUAAUUGAUAAGACAAAGACGUUUUAUUAAUCCUUCUGGGCUAGUUGUUUCUUCAAAAGAUGUGUAUUGUGUUUUUUAUAUCAAUUCAAUCUGGGCCGAAAUUUGUAUGCUCUUUUGUAACCCUUGUAUCUCGUAACUAAAUCCAUAAUUGUUCUGGAUCUUUACAAGGAUAAUUUGUAAACUUGUUUAGUUUGUUAGAUUUGUUAAUUUUCUCCCUUUUCAACAUAAUCUAAAUAUUUCAAAUAAAUAAUUUAAAAUCACUAACAAUAGAUUUCAACCCCUUAAUUAUUUAAAGCAAUUUUACAAUUUUUUGUUGUAACACCUUUUCAAUAAAAUGUCUAAACAUUUUUCCAGAUAUUUUAUUUUGUGCUUCAAAGUAAAAUGAUGAUAUAAACCUGUCCUUUAUACCUGAAUACAAUAUUUUUCCAGAUAUUUUAUUUUGUGCUUCAAAGUAAAAUGAUGAUAUAAACCUGUCCUUUAUACCUGAAUACAAUAUUUUUC